UCUCUCUCUCUCUCUCUCUCUCUCUCUCAGUGACACCCCAGUGUUGGUGCCGAAUUUGGCCUCUUAUUCUGAACCAAUUCGGUAUGUGGCACUUGGGGAGAGCCACACAGCGGCACUUGACUCUUUAGGGAAGCUGUGGACCUUUGGGUAUGGACGCUGUGGGCAGCUUGGUCAUGGCACGACAGAUAACUGCCCCAUUCCUCGCACUGUGCUUGACCUGUGUGGCUCAGAGGUUGGCCAGGUCGCCUGUGGGAGAGGUCAUACCCUGGUCUACAUCCCCUCGCAGGGCCACGUGUAUGCAUUUGGCCAGGGGCUCUCAGGGCAGCUGGGCACCAAGACUCCACACAGCAGGGAAUUACCUCAAGUGGUAGUGUGCCCAUGGCUGUCCCCAGGGGGUGCCAGCCUGCUAGACUAUGCAGAGGAGGACAGCCCCAGUGUGUGUUUGAGGCAGAAUCCUGGCUUGCCUCUCUUCCAAGGGACUUUAUACUAAGACUGGUUACUGUGUACAAGAAUAUGGUGGUACAGAUCCUGAAUUCAGCUCACCAAUCUAGCUCUGAGAGAGACCGGCGUGCCCUCGUGUCUUCCCUGCGGCUGUUGUCCCUGGUCCACGGUCUGAACUUCCAAGCCGGCUGCCGAGUGGGGCGGUUGAACUACGACGACUUUUACAUCCCAGAAAUUGCAGAGAAAAUUGAUAUUAGGAAUGAUUACUUGAACUGGAUGAACAGCAGGCUUCACCCGAUGUCCAGGAGGGAGAGUCCAAUCCUGUUCUGUGAGUAUCCAUUCUUGUUCGACCCUCAGGCCAAGACGCUGCUGCUCAGGUGUGACGCCACUCGUCAGGUGAGGACGAGGUGCAGGACAAAUUAGGUUUGGUUUACAUAUGUUUAUUUGUUUAUUUGUAUAUAUAUAU